CUCUCUCAAGCGUGUGCGAGAAGAAGAAGAAGAAGAGAUGGCGGCCUCGUGCUCCUUCCACCACCACUUCCAAACCCUACCCACAUGGCUCCUCCUCGCCGCUGCCGUCGGCGUCCUCGCCCUCCUCAGGCUCUCCUUCGCCACCCUCAGUUGGGCCUUCGUCACCUUCCUCCGCCCCGGCAAGGAUCUGCGCCGCUACGGCUCCUGGGCCGUCGUCACCGGCUCCACCGACGGCAUCGGCAGGGCCUUCGCCCUCCAGCUCGCCCGCCGGGGCCUCAACCUCGUCCUCGUCGGCCGCAGCCCCGACAAGCUCCGUGACGUCGCCGACGCCGUCCGGGCCGCCCGGGACCCCCCCAUCCGCGUCGAGACCGUGGUCGUCGACCUUGCUGGUGACCUCGCCGACGGGGUCGCCCGUCUCCGGACGGCCAUCCAGGGGCUCGAUGUCGGGAUCUUGGUCAACAACGCCGGCGUCUCCUACCCGUACGCCAGGUUCUUCCACGAGGUGGAUGAGGAGCUGAUGGGGAACCUGAUCAAGGUGAACGCGGAGGGGGUGACGAGGAUGACCCAGGCCGUGCUGCCGGGGAUGCUGGAGAGGAAGAGGGGCGCCAUCGUGAACAUCGGCUCGGGGGCGGCCAUCGUCAUCCCAUCCGAUCCGCUCUAUGCCGUGUACGCCGCCACGAAAGCGUAUAUCGAUCAAUUCUCAAGAUGCCUGUAUGUUGAAUAUAAGGGCAAGGGGAUAGAUGUGCAGUGCCAGGUGCCUUUGUACGUGGCAACGAAGAUGGCAUCCAUCAGGAAAUCGUCCUUCUUUGUGCCAUCAGCAGACACUUACGCCCGUGCGGCUUUGCGAUGGAUAGGCUAUGAACCACGAUGCACACCCUAUUGGCCCCAUUCCCUCAUAUGGUGUCUGCUGUCAGUGAUACCAGAGUCUGCUAUCGACCAGUGGCGGCUGGGCUUCUGCAUUAACGUUCGGAAGAGGGGGCAGCUCAAAGAUGCCAAAAAGAAGGAAAACUAGUGAUACCUUAUGCGUGUUGUCUAACUCAGGAAGAAGGAUACUAUUUGAUUUCAUCGUUGGGAUAACUAUGUAUGGUAAGGUACUUCGUAGAUCCCCUAUGCUUUAUUCAUGAAAAGACUUUGUUUCCCGCAGACCAAAGCUGUUAUCGUUGCAAAAUGCUCUUAGAUAUGGGAAUGAUAUCAGUUCGCCGA